AUAGCUACAUAGUGAUACUAUUAUCUUAAUAAAUUUUAUUAAAAUAAUAAAUUAUUAUAAUGCAUAAUAAUAGAAUUUUAAUAACGUUUGGUCGUUAUCAUUUACCUUGCACCCGGUAGUAUCAUUAGACGUUAAUCGAUUUCUUACAUUUUGGGAAAUCCGUUAAUACGUGAUCAUCAACCUGAUACCAACCAUCUAUUAAUUAAGUAUUGAGCCUACAAAGAUUUUACAAUCAACAAUUGUACAAAUAAAAAUAUAAUAAUCUGAUGAUACAUAGAAAAAAAUAUUUACACAUUCACCAAUUCCAAAAAUCGUAUGUUUGAAUAUAAGCUCAUUGUGCUGUGAUUCAAAGAAAAUGUCUGAUCGUUACACUAUUUCAUUACCAAUGGGAAGACGCAUAGGACGGCAAAAUUUUUCAUCUUACCAUAUGGAACAUUUAAGAUCUUUAAAAGUUCCUAUAACAAAAAGUGAAAAGAACAUUUUUAAGAAAAUUUUAGAAGAUGAAUUAAGUUGUUCGAUUUGCUUAGAAGUAUUAAAAAAGCCAUCUAUAUUAGAAUGUGGUCAUUUAUUUUGCAAGACUUGCAUAGAAAAGUGUAUAUCUAGUUCUCAUUUAAAUUGUCCUAUCUGCAGAAAAUUAUCUGUUUUAAACUCAUCAUUUUAUUCUCAGCGACUAGAAGAAUUAAUAAGUAUUUUGCAAUCAAGUAUAAGUCAAAAUUCUGAUGAGAAGAGAAACACAAAUAAUCCAACAUCAUUUAAUUCAGGUUAUUCUAUAAGUCAUUGAUAAGUAUCACAUCACAAAUACUUUAUAGGUACUCAAAGUUUGACUUCAGUGAAUCGUAGACCACAAUCAGCACAAUCUCAGAGAUUUAUUACAAAUAGACCUCCUUGGAGAUUUUAAUAAAAUUUACUGUUUAAUAUUUACAAUUAACAUAGCCACAGUGAUUUAUAUUGUAUAUAUAUAUAUAUUCUUAUUAUAUUUAUAGAAUCAUACAAAUUUAUAAUUUUUUACAAUUUAACAUUGUCGAAUAACUAUAUUUUAUAUCUAAAUGUUUAUAACUUUUUUGUACAAAUAAAGUAAUUAUGAAUUUAUUAAUAAAAUAAUUAUAUAUAUUAUA